AAUCAGCCCUUUCCGCCAUCUUUCCGUGCUGCCAGAAUGGUGCGCAUGAAUGUCCUGGCCGAUGCUCUCAAGAGUAUCAACAAUGCUGAAAAGAGAGGCAAACGGCAGGUCCUUAUUAGGCCGUGCUCCAAAGUCAUCGUCAGGUUUCUAACAGUGAUGAUGAAGCAUGGUUACAUUGGCAAAUUUGAAAUCAUUGAUGAUCACAGGGCUGGGAAAAUUGUUGUGAACCUCACAGGCAGGCUAAAUAAGUGUGGAGUGAUCAGCCCUAGAUUUGAUGUGCAACUCAAAGAUCUAGAAAAAUGGCAGAAUAACCUGCUCCCAUCCCGUCAGUUUGGUUUCAUUGUACUGACAACCUCAGCUGGCAUCAUGGACCAUGAAGAAGCAAGACGAAAACAUACAGGAGGGGAAAUCCUUGGAUUCUUUUUCUAGGGAUAUAAUACAAAUAAAAUGCCUCAGAGGACAAAAAAAAAAAAAAAAGA